CCAGGAAUUUCCCGUCAUGCCUCCCGCCGCCCCGUCCGUCGCCCAGAGCCGCGGAGGGAGGAAGGGAGUCUCGGACAGCGGCGGCGGCGGCGGCUCCCGGGCCCUUCCAUGAGCCCGCGGCGGACCCUCCCGCGCCCCCUCUCGCUCUGCCUCUGCGUCUGUCUGGCCGCUGCCGCGACGCGAGGACCCGCGCAGUCGGGGGAACCGAAGGUGAAAAGCAACCACUUCCAACUCCACCCCUCCCCGUCUCUGUCCCACUCCUCUCAGCUCUUGCCCCUGUUCUUUGCCUGUCGUUUUGUUCGUGAAGAUAGCACAGUGAUGUCUGCAUUCAACCUGCUGCAUUUGGUGACAAAGAGCCAGCCAGUAGCCCUCCGAGCCUGUGCGCUUCCCUCAGGGUCAUGUAGGGAUAAAAAGACCUGUAAGGUGGUCUUUUCUCAGCAGGAACUGAGGAAGCGGCUGACACCCCUGCAGUACCAUGUCACUCAGGAGAAAGGGACCGAAAGUGCCUUCGAAGGAGAAUAUACACAUCACAAAGAUCCUGGAAUAUAUAAAUGUGUUGUUUGUGGUACUCCAUUGUUCAAGUCAGAAACCAAAUUUGACUCUGGUUCAGGUUGGCCAUCAUUUCAUGAUGUGAUCAGCGCUGACGCAAUCACAUUCACAGAUGACUUCUCCUACGGGAUGCACCGAGUGGAAACAAGCUGCUCUCAGUGUGGUGCUCACCUCGGGCACAUUUUUGAUGACGGACCCCGUCCAACCGGCAAAAGAUACUGCAUAAAUUCGGCCUCCUUGUCUUUCACACCUGCAGAUAGCCGUGGCGCUGAUGGGGGCAGUGGGGCCGGCAGCCCAGCCCAGGCAGAUAAGACGGAGCUGUAGCAUACUGGGGAACCAUGGAAACAAGAGUACUUAAUACACAGCUUAUUAACAAACUUCAAACUUGUCUAUCUUAGAUAUAUUUUUCCAAAAAGUAUAAGGGCGGUUUUGUGCUAUUGAUCUAUUUCUUCUUUGGCUUAAAUAGAGGCCCUGGCCGUCAAUGUAUUUUGCUACUGACUAGAUCCAGAACUGUUUAUAACUUUAGCGAGCGGAGAUAGCUUUGUGAAACUUCUUCACAAGCCACUUAAAUACCAUUUGGCAUUAUUUUCUUCACGCACAUAGCUUCUUCUGAGAUUUAUCCCCACCCCCUUGCUUAAGAGGCAGAAGGUGCUUGCUCUUCAAACGUGAAAAUCGAGCUCUCCUAUACAAUGUAGAGACCAGAGCUCAGAAGUGCAGGACAUGGAGACCUGCGAGACACAUGGCCUGAGGCAUUUGGGCAGAUCUACCUAAGAUAAGGAUGGAGUGAUGUCUUAUGAGACUUCUUAGCUUUGUGGAAAGUUUGAGCUAAGGUCGUUUAUUCUCACUAAAAGGGUGUGAAGGUCUAAAGUCUUUCCUUAUGUUAAAUUGUUGCCAGAUCUGAGGGGGCAUACUGAGUGUUGUGGCAGAGAAGUAAACAUUACCUCACGGUUAGGCCUUUAUUUUAUAUUAUUUUCCAUUGGAGACAUUGGAAUGUAAGACAACUGUAAAAUGUUGAGCCCCAUUUUUGUCCAAAGUUCACAAAGAACAACACCUACUGUUGCCUUUUAUAAGUCUGUCCCUGCACACUUAAUAGCACCUGCAUCGGGAAGGGUAUUGUGGCGGAUUCCACUGUAUUAAAUACAAUAAAAUAUCGGGAGCAACGUACUUCAUCAAGGCCACAGAAGAAAGAGAGCAGAGAGGGCCAAAGAGGAAGUCCUGGGCCCUGAAAUAUCCAGUACGGUGCAGAAGGACUGACAAGGCACCGCAAGUGACAAACAGAACCCAGAGGGAGGGACCUUGUGCACAGGUGAACUCUGGCCAGAUGAUGGGGCUUAAAAUAGAAAAAGCCCCGAGCUCCAGUCCCACCCUUGACACUAAUCUGCUGUGUGGCAAGGGACAAGCCACCUAGUCCUCCAUGCUUAUUCUUCCUGUAUAAAUUGGGACUUAUAAUAUUUGUAAAAUAAUUGACACUCAGGGCAAAAUUAUUAUAUAUUGCUAUACAGUUAAGAUCAGUGUUGUAAAAUUAAACUGAUCUGGUUCUAAUUGCCUCAAAGACCAAAGCCCAGGCAUUUGAAAUGGAAAGAAACGGAGGAGAAGAGGUUGACUUAGCUGAUUGGUAUGGAAACAGUUGGGCUAAGAGCCAGAAAUUUUUCUUUGUAGCAAUGUGGCUGGUUUUCCUCUGAGAAGCUCUGCUCAGUUGCCGUAGAGCAUUUAGUCUGGAGGAGUGGACGUCAUCGUGCACAGGGAGGUUGUCGGGGCUACGAGCAAGGGUGAGACAAGUAGAUACUGCUGCAGCCAGGUGUGAAGGUGCAGUUUAUGAGUGAUGUGGAUUGCAUCUGUAGCCUUGAAUGCUAAUCCUGAAAUGUAGCUUUUUUUAAAUAUUAUUUUUUGUAAAUCUUUGAAAGUUUAUGAAAAUUGACAUCUUAUAAACACUGAGACAAAAAUAAGAAAGAGGGACACUUGACAAUUUUAAAGAAAUAAGGAGAAAUUAAAAUGAAAAGUUGUGACAAAUCAAAAUGUCAGUGUGGUCAUGUCCACAUUCUUCUACGUCUCUACAGACAUCCUGGUGAGGCCCUAGCGUCCUAGUGACUUUAUUGUAAUGUAUGCUACAACUGCGCAAUUCCAGUUAAGUUACGCUCUUCUUCCUUCAGCUCCAGGAUGUUUCACCUCAGGCCCUGGGGUCACCCUGGAAUUUGCAGGCUUCACUCCCCUGUAGAAAUGAGUAUAAAAUUUAAAAUAAUUUAAGCCUCAGCAUCCAGACCAUCCUAGAAGCCUUUCCCAACCUCACAGAGGGAGCCCCAACAUUCCCCAGUGACCCAUGUAGAGUCAGAUAAAGAAGUGGGUCUCUCGGGGCAUUUCCUGUCACAGUGUGAAGUCUGCCCUUUGCGGGCACACACAGCACUUACCAUAUCACUCCAGUUACGGAUGGUGGCCUGCCCCGGGGCCCAUUGGACACCAGCCACGGUGUUGGGGUAGACAAGGAAGAUGAAUGAGGGGCUUCUUCCCUCUCCCCAGACUCUGGAUUCUCAUUGUUCCUUCAUUUUUAUUGUAGGGCUUAACAUUUUCCUCAAAAAAAACUUUUUCUAAUCCUUGGUCUUUGUUUCACGGAAAGGCAGUUUUUCUUCUACCACGUUUUCCAGCAUCAACUUUAAGAAAAAUGUAACAUCCAUCGGG